AUGUCCAGGAUGUUCAUGAAGUUUUCUGGUUUCAAACGACGCAGGAACAGCAGGAAGAAGCUGAAAAGUACAUCGCGUUUGUUCCUGAGGUUGGGGAAGAGAAAGAACCGACUUGCUAAGAAGAAACGCCGGAAGUCCAUUCUGAAGAACACCUCUCGAUUCAUGAUGAGGUUUAAGAUCAGCAAAAAGAAGAAAAAGGAGAAAGAGGCCAGAGAGAAAGCGGCAGCAAAUGCUGGUAAGAAGCCAACCUAUAUGCUGCUUCGUCUGGGGGGAGGGAGACAAUCAAUUGAGAAGAAAGGGGGCUUCUUCAAAGGCUUAUUUCGAAAAAAGGAUGGUGACGGGCCUACUGAGGACUUCAAGAACAGAAGUAUGUUGCUGGGUAAGGUUGCAGCAGUAACUAACUGGCUGACCAAACGCUUCCUGACAAGUAAAAUGCGAGGGAAUUCCGGACACCAUGGCUGGGGGGGGCGUAGAGCACACAGCCGACAAGCCAGCUCCAGAGGUCACCUCCGUGGUUACCGUAACGAUGGCUAUGAGCAUGGGGAGGAGGCUUACGGAUUUGACCACCGACAUUCAAUCCGCCAGAAAGGUUAUGGAGACCAUGAAGAUGGUUAUGGUGGUUAUGGAGAUGCAGCAUAUGGAAGCCAGGGUCAGUUUGGUUACUAUGACAAUGGAACAGGGGGAGCAGACUAUCAAGACCUGGGUUACUAUGAGGAAGAAGGACUCUAUGAUCCAAAUGCAGAAUAUUAUGAAGGUGGUCUUUACGAUGAGGGCACGGGGGACUACUAUGACCCGUAUUCCUCUGCCCAAGGCUACUAUAACGACCAGGAAGCUGAUUACUAUGGUUACCAGCAACAACAGGCAAUGGCAAUGUAUGGUGACGAGGGUCUAGACUAUUAUGCACAAAAUGGUGAGGACCAUAUGUAUGAAGGAGCGGUAGAUGGAUUCCUUGACCCUCAGGCUCAGGGUUAUUAUGAUGAAAAUGGUCAAGGAGUUUACUAUGGUGAUGGACAAGGGGAUUACUAUGACAACGGACAGGGAGGUUAUUAUGAGACCCCUUAUGCAGCAACUAUGGGAAUGCAAGGGGGAUUUCCACCAGACUAUCAACUUAGCUAUAGCGAUGCUGGCAUGCUUUACCAAGACUACAGCUCCCAGCAGGCCAUUGGAUUCCCACCAGGAGGUCAGCAGGUCUUUGGCUUCGGAGGGCAGGGGAUGGAUCAGGUACAGGGCCUGUAUGGGGACCAGUAUGCAGGUCAGUUGGAUCAAUAUGGGGAUGAUACCGGUGGACUUCAGAGAGGGGAGAUGACAUUCAGAGUUCCUAGACCUCAAAAUGCAACCUCAGAGAUCACCGUCUCCUCUGGCCCGAGGACCCUCAGUCCCUCCUUCCCCCCGUGCUUCUAUGAUGCGGCGAAGUCCUCCACCCUCACCACGAGCAUCAAUGAGGCAACGUUCUCCACCUUCCUCACCCCGUGCUUCCAUGAGGAGGCGAAGUCCCCCAUCGUCACCAACUCCUGCUCGCAGCCCCUCAGUAGAAGACCGUCUCCCUCUCCCUCUCCAUCUCAUCGCAGUUUAUCCCCUGCAGGGCCCCGUCCUGCCCCAUCAUCCCCUACCCUCUCUCGUCGCUCUACUCGGCUGCUCAGGGACCCCACGCCCUUGGCCAGGCCCAGGAUGGGGGGAAAUGUUCCUUUAGGUGCUGUCAGACCCUCCCCUAUGGGUCUCAGAGGGCGUCCAGUGCCCCCUCCCACCCAGAAUGUGCGUCCAUUCCGUGCCGCCUCUAUAAGAAGCAAUGCGUCUUCUGUUCUCACAGUGGAUUCAUCCCUCCCUUCCCCUUUCCAUUCCCCUCACAUGGUCCACCGUGCUCCCCUGGGGAGGAGAGAAUCUGGCCGAUUUCCUCCUCGCCCCAUCGCUCGAGGACGUCCCCUCAUGGCUCAACAUUCAAUGAGAAGGAUGCCUCCUGCUUCUCCACAACCCUCCCUGAAACACAUGCCACGUCCUGCAUCCCCACGCCUCUCUCCUCGACUCUCUCGUCAGUCCUCCCCCCUCCUGCCCCCUCGAGCUACCCGUCCACCCACAUAUGCACCAGAAGCAUAUGUGUCUGGCCCCUAUGCUGAUCCCAAUGCUGAGCAGUUUGUUGUGCCCCCUUCUCCCAUGUUAUCUGGUGCUUUGCAGAACCAGGCUAUCCGUCAGGCCUCUUUCUCUUCACCCCUUGGCCCAGAGGCAGCCCAGGUGGUAGGCAUGAGUGAGAUGGCCACUGAAUAUGUAGAACCAUAUGGUCUUUCAUCCCCUACGCUUUCUGGCGCAAUGCAAAACCCGGCCAUUCGGGAUGCGUCUUAUGUCCCCCCACUGCAGAGACCAAUGUCUCCUUAUGAGCAGCCUAUGGCCCCUUCGUCUCCCAUGCUGUCUGGGGCUCUGCAGAAUCAAGCUAUACGAGAUGCAUCCUAUGUUUCUCCUUUACAAAGACCACUGUCACCUUAUGAGGAGCCUAUGCCUCCUUCUUCCCCGAUGCUGUCUGGAGCUCUGCAGAAUCAGGCAGUGAGGGAAGCAUCCUAUGUGUCUCCCCUUCAGAGGCCUCAGUCCCCAUAUGCUUCAUCUGUACCUUCUUCCCCAAUGCUCUCUGGAGCCAUGAGACACGGUCAGGCACUAAGAGGUGUGGCUUCUUAUCAGACUCCACAGCUCCGUUCACCAUACGGACCGACUGUUGUUACCCCAUACGAUUAUAUCUCCGAGCCUGGCCCUGCACCACUGCUCCAUGACGCCCUGCAGAACCGAUCUGAUUUGCACAGUGUUUCAUCUUUAAGAUCACCGAUGAUGCAACGCCGUAACCCCUAUGCACCAGCUGGACCUCAGCUCCACAGUGCAUUACAACAGAACCAAAACCUCCGCCAAGCAUCUUAUCAGACACCUGUGCAACUCAGACGUUCUCCAUACGGCCCCGCACCACCCUCUUCACCAAUGUUAGGACAAGCGCUGCAGAAUCCACAGGUGAUGCAGGCAUCGUACCGGCUGCCAGACAGAACCUUGGUGUCACCAUAUGCAGAUCCACGCUCCUCCCCUAUGCUCAGCCAUGCCUUGCAGAACCAACAAGUUCGUGGAGCAUCAUACACCUUGCCUGAUGGAUCAGUUAUCAGGGACCCUCGAGUCCCCCAGAAGCCCAUGUCUCCUAGCCUUUCUAGAGCUAUGCAGAACCAGAAUCUCAGGACUGCUUCAUAUACUCUCCCUGAUGGCACCAUUAUAGACCCUCGACAGCAACAACAAAUUUCCCCAAGCCUGGCUAAGGCUCUGAACAACCCAGCGCUGCGUGAAGCCUCCUACUCUCUCCCCGAUGGCACGAUUGUGAUUGACCCCAAGAAACAGAAGUCCCCAAACCUGUCAGCAGCACUUCAGAACCCUUACCUGAAGAGUGCUUCGUACACCCUGCCAGAUGGCACUAUCAUCAUUGAUCCACGGAAACCUGUCUCUCCAAACCUGCAGAGCGCCCUUCAAAACUCUUCCCUGCUGAACGCCUCCCUCACAUUACCGGAAGGGAUUCAAGAUCCCAAUACACCCAUAUCACCAAACCUGGCUAAGGCUCUCAACAACCCAGCCUUGAAAGGAGCUUCCUACACCCUCCCAGAUGGAACUAUUAUAGUGGACCCGAGGAAACCAAAGAGCCCCAACCUGGCAGUCGCCCUGCAGAACCCCUAUCUAAAGGGUGUGUCGUACACCCUGCCUGAUGGAACAAUCAUCAUCGACCCACGGAAACCGGUUUCCCCUGACCUGUCUACAGCUCUUCUGAAUAAGAACCUUCGUAACGCAUCAUACCAGCUCCCUGAUGGUUCCUUGGUUAUCCCUGGCCAGAAGCCCUCCACUCCCAACCUCACAGCCGCUCUGAGGCAGAACCAGGUGCUUCGUUCUAAAGGUCUCUUUCACCUGCCAGAAAACUCAGUACUGUCAGGCACACCCAAACCCACCGCUCCCAACCUCGCCUCUGUGCUGCAGAAUGAGGAACUCCGUGGUGUCAGUUACAGACUGCCGGAUGGCUCUCUUCUCACACGUCGGUUCCACAACCCCAGCCUGUCUGAUGCCAUCCAAAACCAGCAGCUUCGCUACGCCUCAUACAGGGUGCCAACGGGCCUAGAGGGCGAGGAUAAUCGCUACGCUGUGGUUCCUCCCUACGGGCCGCGCUCAGGCCACUGGGCCAGAAAUGCCCGAGGAGGAGGGGAGGGAGGAGAGGAUGUUUGGGCAGCUGAGAGGGUUUUACCACAUGGAACCGUCCAGAAUCUGUCAAAGUGGUCCAUGUACAGAGAAGAUGGGAUGUUAGAAGGAUAUUCACCCACAGCUCGAUUUGGGGACGGACAGCCUCAGGACCCAGACUGGACUCCUGACAGAGAGAGAGCACCUGGUCAAAGCUGGUAUGACAAGAUCUUCUCUAUCUUAAGCAUGACCACAACAAGCCACCGGGUGAAGCGCUGGGCGGAGGGAAUGGAGGACAUGACACAGCUGCCUGAGCUGAAUGAGACCACAGUUCUGAUGAACCUGAAGAAGCGCUACGACCAGGAACUCCUCUAUACCUACAUAGGAAGCAUCCUCGUGUCUGUGAAUCCCUACAAGUUGCUCAACAUUUACGGCACAGACAUGGUGCUUCAGUACGAAGGCCGCGGCCUGAGUGACAACCCUCCUCAUCUUUUCGCCAUUGCUAAUCUCUCAUAUACCACCAUGAUGGAUGCCAAAAAGGACCAGUGUAUUGUGAUCAGCGGAGAAAGUGGAUCAGGGAAGACUGAAGCUACUAAACUGAUCCUGCGUUACCUGACAGCCAUACAUCACAAACGCAACGUCACACAACAGAUAGAGAUCCUGGAGGCCACGCCCCUGCUGGAGUCUUUUGGGAAUGCCAAAACAGUGCGCAAUGACAACUCCUCACGCUUUGGCAAAUACACGCAGAUCUACAUGGAGGAGGGUGUAAUCAGCGGUGCCAUAACGUCUCAGUACCUGUUGGAGAAGUCUCGCAUUGUCUUUCAGGCCAAAUCAGAGAGGAACUACCACAUCUUUUAUGAGAUGCUGGCUGGUCUUCCUCCUCAUGAGAAGCACUCGCUGUAUCUGCAGGAAGCUGAGACUUACUACUAUCUGAACCAGGGAGGGGACUGUACCAUAGAGGGAAAGGAUGAUGGGGAGGACUUCAAGCGUCUGCUGUGUGCCAUGGACAUCCUGUGUUUCACCCCAGAGGAGCAAAACGGCAUCUACAGAUUGUUGUCCUCUGUCCUUCAUCUGGGGAACGUGUACUUCCAGCCACACCAGGCUGAGGGUCAGGAAGUCGCGUCAGUGGUGAGCACACAGGAGAUCAGGGUUGUCGCUGAGCUGCUGCAGGUCUCACCUGACGGCCUGCAGAAGUCUGUCACCUUCAAACUGACUGAUACAGUACGGGAGAAGAUCUACACUCCGCUCACAGUGGAGAGUGCUGUGGAUGCCAGAGAUGCUGUUGCCAAGAUCCUGUACUCGCUGCUGUUCAGUUGGCUGACAGAGCGCAUCAACGGACGGGUCUACCCUCGCAGCGAAGCCCUCUCCAUCUCCAUAUUGGACAUAUAUGGAUUUGAGGAGCUACAGGUGAACAGUUUUGAGCAGUUAUGCAUCAACUACGCCAAUGAGACUUUGCAGUUCUACUUUAACAGGGUCAUCUUCCAGGAGGAGCAGGAGGAGUACAUGCGGGAGCAGAUCGAGUGGCAGCAGCAGCCUUUCAGCCACAACCAGGCCUGCCUUGACCUCAUUGCUGCUAAGCCCCAUGGGAUACUGCGCAUACUGGAUGACCAGUGCGGCUUCCCUCAGGCAACAGACCACACCUUCCUUCAGAAGUGCCACUAUCACCAUGGAAACAACCCGCUGUAUGCCAGGCCAAAGAUGCCACUGCCAGAGUUCACCCUCAAACACUACGCUGGGAAGGUCACUUAUCAGGUGAACAAAUUCUUGGACAAGAACUUUGACAUGGUCCGCCAGGAAGUUUUAGACAUCUUCAUCCAGAGCAAGAACAGAAUGGUUUCCAGCCUAUUCUUGAAGCAGUCAGAGUCUGUGUCUCAGCAGCGGUCUAAUGUCCAACGCAGCAGCACAGCGCGUCGUUAUCAGGCCAACACGGUCAGCGCUAAGUUUCAGAGCAGCCUGCAGGAGCUGCUGGAGAAGAUGGAAAGGUGUAACCCUUACUUUGUGCGAUGCAUCAAGCCAAACCAUCAUAAGGAGCCAGGAGUGUUUGACUUUGAGCUCGUCAGCACACAGCUGCAUUACUCUGGUAUCAUGGAGACUAUCCAUAUCAGGAGGGAGGGUUAUCCAAUCAGAUUGCAUUUUCACAGCUUCCUAUCAAGGUAUAAGGCCCUGCUCUGCAUGAAGGAUCUUCCACCUGCAGACGGAGAGAACUGUGUCAUCAUGCUCCACAGGCUCGGCCCGGUAAAGACCGGCUCGUUUCAGCUGGGAGUCAGUAAGAUUUUCCUGAAAGAGGAGAUGUAUCAGCUGUUGGAGGGGAAGCGUGACCGUGUGCUGAACAUUGCCGCCAUGACGCUGCAGAGAUACACUCGAAUAUGUUUUAUCCGAAAGAACUAUGUCAAGUUCAGGCGGCGCGUGAUCCUGUUUGAAGCUCGCUGCAGAGGCUACGUGGCCAGAAAAAAGUUUGCUCUGAGGAGGAAGUACCUCAUCAGGUUCCGCUCUGCCGUGCUGCUCAUCCUCAACCGCCAGCGUUACAUGAGGGUAUGUACAGUGGUGGAGCCUGCAAGGAAGGCGGAGGAGGAUCGUAUAAAUAGAGAAGUGGUGAAUGUGACAACACUGCCUAUCCCUGCUGAGCUGGCAGCCCUGCUGCAGGCGGCCGCAGGUGGUGAAGAGCUUCAUUCUGACUGCUUGGCUGUGGUCCAGGCUCCAAAGGUUCAGGUUGACCCUCAGCUGACCCUGCCCCUAGACAUCAACAACUACCUCAUGACACACUACAUCCGGGCCAUAUUUAGGGAGCCAUUGUUCGGGAUGCUGACAGCUCCACUGGACAGUUCUCUGAUUAGACUGGACGAGGAGCUAAAACAAGGAGCCCUGAAUGUUUUCAUUCUGAUACUUAGGUUCAUGGGUGAUCCUAACCUGAAUGGGGCUCAGGAGAAUCUGUUUGGGAACUACAUCAUCCAGAGAGGACUGGCCAAUCCCAGCCUCCGAGAUGAGAUCCUGGCUCAGAUAGCCAAUCAGGUGUGGAGGAAUCCUAACAUUUUGAAUUCAGAGCGUGGUUGGCUCCUCCUCUCCUCUUGUCUCUCUGCCUUCCUGCCUUCUCAAAGACUGGCCAAGUAUCUGCUGAAGUUCGUUUCUGACUAUGGGCCGGGGGGCUACAACUGCGUGUGUCAGCACCGUCUGCUUCAGGCUCUGCAGCGGCUGAAUUUCGGGCCAGAGCACGUCCGGACGUACCCACCCUGUCUGCUGGAGUGGACCGCCAAUCGCAAGAAAGCUCACACUGUCCUGCACAUACACUGCUUCGAUGGUUUGUCCCUCCUCUGUCCUCUGCACUCCUGGACAACUGGAGAAGAGAUGGCCAAAGACAUCUUACAACACAGGGGUGUAGUGGAGGGCCGUCAAGGCUGGUCGGUGCUGCUGAAGGAGCCGGCCCAGUGGGUGGAGCUGGAGGGCUCAGACUUCGUUCUGGACUUGAUGUCGGACCUGGAGCUCCCUGCCGACUUCCCCAAACACAGCAGCUACUUCAUCAUCUCUGCACAGGAACCAACCAGAGUGCGGCCCAAUGCCAGCAUCAGCCUGCUGGGUGGCGGGUUUGAAAUACAUGAUGAUGUCAUAUCUUCAGCCUUAACGUUCUCUGAUGGACAAGACUCGGAGCCUCAGAGAGGGAUGGAUCGUUAUCUCGACAGCCUGUUUGACCCUGUCCUGUCUGACGGAGCUGGAGAAGUAGAAUUGGCUGCAGGACUUUCCAGCAGGAUGAAGGGAGCCGGGGGAGUCGGAGGGGGGUGGCAACAGCAGGGGCAGUCCUCUGGCCCCCCACCACCACCUGGAGCUGUGAGAGUCCUUCCUGUGGGAGGUGUGAUGUCGCCUCCUGUUGCUACGGUUGCACCUGUAACACCUGAUGCUCAGCAGGCUGUUUUGGCCCAGCAGCAGCAGGCGAUCGUGAACCAGCAGGCCAUUAUCAUGGCGCAGCAGAUGACCAUGCAGGCCAUGGUCAUGUCAAGCCCUCCAACCUCCCCGAUCACAAGCCCUCCCAUGAGCCCUCUGCUCCACCACCCUCCCAGCCCGUACGCCCCCGCCAGCCCCUAUACGGUCAUACCUCCAAGUCCGUACGCUAACAUCCCACCCAGCCCCUACGCCAACUUCACUCCCACUCCCUACGCUGCAGCAGACAUCCCACCAAGCCCCUAUCCUCCCACUGCUCAACCAGAACAAACUCCAUCACAGCCUCAAGCGCAGCCUCCCACUGAGCUCCAGACUCAGCCCCAAGCUCAGCCUCAGCCUCAGGCCACCCACCCCAUCCCCAAACCUCAGCCAAGCUCUGCUAAAACUAACAAAACUGAGCCAGCACAGCCAAAAGCUAACCCUGCUGCACAGGUUCAGUCGGGUAAGGACAGCGUACCUCGGAGGAAGGCUCCAGGCGUCCCCAUCGACAAGGACAAACCAGCCAGGAAGUUUGCCCCAGUGGCGACGUCUCCGCCGCCCCCUGCUGGAGAGGUGGUGAAGUACUCAGCUCGGUCUUCAGAACACAUCGUCCCCAGCCAAGACAUUCAAGAUCCACUGCCACCUGGCAAGAGGAGACCGGAGGGGAAGUUUAAGAAGAAGCAAACCCCUCGUGAUGAAGCUUUACAGAUCCUCAAACCCCAGAUGGACAACCCUCCUGCUCCACAGCCCAAACGUCCUGUUACCCCCUCACCUUCUGCGUCUGCGAUGAAAGAGGUGGGAGUCAAACCCACCAAGAGUAUGAAGACAAGAGCGCCUGAUCGUCCUCUCCCCAAACCCCCCCCAGUUUCUCGAGAGCUCCCAGUGGAGACAGAGACCAUCCAGACACAGCUUCAUCAGAGCGCCAACGAAGAGCACUACACCUACACCAACGUCUCCUGGAGACUGUACCUCAGGAAGGAGGUUUUCUAUCCCAAAGACAGCUUCAACAAUCCUGUGGUGCUGGACCUCAUUUUCAAACAAAUAGUGAAUGACACUCUGUCAGAGGCGUGCGUUCGCAUCACCCGGGAUGAAAGGCAGAAAAUGAAAGCUCUUUUCGCGAAACAUGGAGUUGAACAGAAUAUGGAUCCAGUGGAGGAGCAUGUGAAGAAAACUGUUGUGACCGCCGCCAGGGAAACCUGGGAAAUAUACUUCUCCCGGCUCUUCCCUGCCUCGGGUAGUGUGGGAACAGGUGUGCAGGUGCUAUCAGUGUCGCACAGCGGGAUUAAGCUGUUGAAGACGGUGAAAAGCAGCGCUGCAGCUCCAGACUACUUCAGAGUCCGACGACCGUACACCUAUGCAGAUAUCUUGUUUGUAACCAUCCCGUCUGAGAACAUGCUGGAGUUCAAUCUGACCAAUGAGAAGCUGAUCCUUUUUUCAGCCAAGGCACCACAAGUCAAACACCUCAUAGACACCUUCAUCAGUGAGAUCAAACGGGACUCAAACUAUGUGAUUGCUGAACGUAACUUUGUCACAGACGACCACUCGAUGCUCAAUUUCCAUAAAGGCGACAUCAUCAGGCUGCAGGUUAUGGACGGGCUGGAGAAAGGUUACAGCUACGGCUGUGUGGUGAGGAAGAAGGUGGUGUUUUUGGAGGAGCUGAAGAGAGACACUCAAGACUUUGGCUGGAAGUUUGGCGCCGUGUUCGGCCGCUCCGGUGCGUUCCCGGCUGAGUGCGUCCAUCCUGUCGCUCCUCCUGACUUCCUGUCGCUGCCACUGGACCGUAAGUCGGAGCCUCGAGGAGGAGCGGGACAGUUUGCUGUGUCAUCAGCCGUGGCUGUUGCCGUGGCGUCCACCAUGGCUGCACAUGAGAUAGAUCAAACGAUUGAGAAAGUUUCUCUUGAUGGCUUUGCUGACGGAGAUCUGGAUGAGAGGGCCCUGCAGGACAGUAAAUAUGACAUGUUGGAGUUUGCCAAGAAGUUUUUCAGACAGGCACCAAGCGGGAAGGGAGAUUCCCUGAAGAGCAAAAGCAAGAGCAGAGACUCCAGGGAGCCCACUGAGAUGAUCAAGUUCUCCAAGACCCCGUUGACCGAGUCUCUGAUAGAGUUCACCGAUCCAGCCAUGAACCGUGUGGCAGCUGAUCUCUUCCUGUUGGCGAUGCGUUUCAUGGGCGACUCGCCGCUGCGGGGACUGACAGAACAGGAAGUGGUCAGCACUUUCCUCAAGCUCAUAGGAGAGUUCACCUUGAUGAGGGAUGAGGCUUACUGCCAACUCCUCAAACAGCUUACAGCUAACACCAGCUCCAAACCCGAUAGUUGCCAACGAGGCUGGAGGCUACUGUACAUCCUGACUGCGUACCAUCGCAGCUCUGAAGUCCUCAAACCCUUCCUACUCAAAUAUCUGCAGCAGGCCUCUCGCAGCGCUGGGGCACAGUAUCAGGGCAUAGCUAAAGCAUGCGAGCAGAACCUGAAGAAGACGUUCCAGUAUGGUGGCCGCGUCGUUCCACCCAACAGCAUGGAGCUGAAGGCCAUGAUGGCGGGACGAAGCUCAAAACGUCAGCUGUUUCUCUUUCCUGGAGGCAUCGAACGUCACGUGAAAAUCAAGACAUGCUCUGUCGCCCUGGAGGUGAUUGAGGAGCUGUGCUAUGAGAUGGGUUUACACAGACUGGAGGCCAUGGAAGAAUAUGCCAUAUUUUUAGUCACCAACAGAGGUCAGAGUGUGCGUCCUCUGAACAAACACGAGUACAUCCUGGAUGUUGCAACAGAGGCCGAGUUAGUCGACACCAACUUCAGUUUUUGGUUCAGACGAGUCGUCUGGACUCAGCCGCUCAAGUUUGAAAAUGAGCUUUGUGUCGCGAUGCAUUAUAACCAGAUCCUGCCGGACUACCGUAAAGGCCUGCUCAAUGUUCUUCCACAUGGAAAAGUGAGCGAUCAGCAGUUUCACCAGAUCACCAAACUGGCAGCUUUGCAACACAGAGCCAAAGACGUCAUCUUCAUCCCCAGCAUACACGAAUUAUCGGAGUACAUCGCCACGCCUCUGUUCAAAAAGCAGCCACCCCAGCAGUGGGUUACCAUGGUGACGCAGCACAUGCAGCAAGUACAGACCCUGAAUCCGCACCAGGCCAGAGCACAGUUUCUGGGCCUGGUCAGUGCGUUCCCCAUGUUCGGAUCCUCGUUCUUCUACAUCCACAGCAGCAGCUCCACCACCUUCUACGCCCCCUGUAUUGUUGCUGUCAAUCAACAUGGUCUCCACUUCCUGCACAAAAAUACACACGAAACGAUGGCAGUGGUCCCCCUGGUGGAGGUGCAGUCCAGCCGCACCCAGAGGCCCACUGCUGGAGCCAGUUACCCGUAUGUAGACCUCAGCCUGGGGGACAUGAACACACAGCGGGUCAUUCAGUUGCAGCUGGAGCAGGGCCUGGAGUUGUGUCGUGUCAUCGCCAUGCAGGUGGAAAACAUGAUGUCAGUGCGGGAGAAGAGGCUCACCCUGCCACCCAGUGAAAUCACCAUGUUAUAACACAUGCUCAUGCUUCAUUGUACGCACACACUUGUAUAAACAUACACACACAUACAUGUAGAUGAAACCUGUAAAAAUAGCCUACCUCUUCUUGCCUUCAGGUGUUUGUUGUGUGUAGCUCACACACAUAGACAUUAAUAUUAUAUGUGAAUACAUAAGUGUACUGUACUGCAUAUACUGAACAAAGUGCUACCUAGAAACCGUGAAUGUUGAUAUUGAUUUAUUUUUUCUCUUCAGGUUAACACUUUGAUAAUUGCACUUACUCCUGUAUUUUUAGUUUAUUUAACAUUAAAUAGCUUUUAUCUGUGUAGAAGCUGUUAAUGGACCCUGAGGAAGCUUCACAGGCCUGUGCCUUGUCAUUACAAUGUUUUAUAACUGACAUGUUUUUUUAUUUUUGUAUUACUUCUGUUGACUGUAAAACUUGAUGUUAGUGUAAACCAUUGUUGUAUUCAAC